ACUGCUGUUAACAGCACAGUGAAUUUAUUUCCUAAAAAAAAAAAUUAAAAAAAAGCAUACCAUAGAAGCUAAAAAUAGGAGAUAAAGAGUUUUUAUCUAACCACAACUUCGUGCAUUGCAUAGAAAAAGCUUCCAACAGGACAUGAUGAUGAACGAGUUCAUGGCCAUGUUAAAGAAGAAUGAAAAUGAGCAUCCCCCACCCACCAAGCUGUUGAAUCUAGCAGGAGAGCUUUGCCAGGAGCAUGAGAGCUCAUCUCCUAGUCUGGAGAAGCUGGUUGAAGCCAUGAUGGAAUCCAAGAACAAGAGAUAUUUUCUCACUAACAUCCAUGUUGUCCGGGCUUUUGUGUCUGUUCAUAUCCAUAAAGGGCAACAUGAUGCAGCCUGCAGACUCCUGGAGUACUGCAAGGCGGAAGAGAAGGAAGAACUGGUGCAGCUCUGGCAUGAGAUUCACUACCGGAGGGUUAUGGAGAAACACCAGACAGAUGCUCUGACACCACUGCAGAAAUUCCGUUGCAGGAAGAGGAAUCCUCCACCUAUUUCCCUUUGUCCUGAAGGACUGAAGAAUCGAAACUAUUCAGAAAAAGUACGCCAGCACCUGUACAGGUUUGCUACAGAGGUGACAGCAAAUCCAGACAAGAAACAGCGGGAGGGAUUGGCUCGGGACAUGAACCUGCAGCCAACUCAAGUCUAUAACUGGUUUGCAAAUUAUCGACGACGUCAAAAAUCCCGCCGUCUUGAUGUGGAAGAGCUCAACAAUUCAUGUCCUGAGAGGGCUUUGGCUUCCCACACAAAUGAGCCACAGGAUAAAGGAUCCAACACUCCACAAACUGCAGAUGAACCUCGUGCGGGCGUCAGCCUUGAGCAAACGGAGAUAACUCCCAUGCCCUGUGAGCCAGGAUGGGAGCAGUCAGCUCCUGAAGGAACAUAUUUAAAGAUGCUGGAAUCCAGCUGUGUGUGGAGCCCUGAGCUGUGUGAAGUUGGAACAAGCGUGGCUUUGUUCAACACUCCCAGUGCUGAACAACCUGUACCUUUUGGCACUGGGGCUGUGAUGGAAGCAGGAACCUGCUUUGGCUCUCCUAUACUGCUGCCUGGAGAAGCAGUGACCAGGGCUGCUGCCAGUCCCUGGCAAGGGAGCUUUGUCCUGCACUCUUACGAGUCCCGUCCCUUCCCGAACUAUUGGCUGCCAGUGUGGUGGGCCCCUUACAGCACCAGAGGAGUCUCUGGCUCUGUGUGGACCCCAGGUGUAGAAGUUCAUCUCAGACUGUGUUUGACAAGCCUCAGUGCCCACCUGUUUCUGCACCCAGUGUGGAAGAAAGCCAAGCCUUGGGACAAAGCCAGGUCCUGGAGGAACCAGCUGUUGACUCUCUAAUCAACGACAUGUUCCAGGCAGCGCGCUUGCUGUAUGAAUUUUCUGCCAGUGGAAGGAUGUGACCUGCCUGCAGAUACACUCCAUGUGUCUGUGCUUCCCUGGGAAACACCCCAUUGCUUCUUUUCUUGGAGUCUGACAGGGAGAUGAAUAGAGUGAGGGAGAAAGAUGGAGGUGUUUUCAAUGGUUACAAAGCUUGGUUUAGUUACCGUUUUAUUGAGAAUUUUGCGAAGGAUAGAAGAAAGCAAAGGUGCACUGCAGAUUGUAGGUUUUUCCUGGAGCCGUCUGAAGCUGCACUGCAGAUGUUAAAAUUAUCAAGGCACUCCUUCUAUGGCAGUAACAUAGACCUAAUGAUAGCACUGGCCAGAUCCGAGUCCUUCGUUGCAUCACGUAGGUAAAUGAAGCUCCUUACAUUCAUUACGGAAGGAGUAAAAUUUCGUUACAUUGUCUUGCAGUGGAUACUGGAUAAGCUUCUCUCAGGCUUGGAAAAUAAGAUCUCAGCAAAGUGCUGGUAAAAUACUGCCAUUCCUUAUCCCUGCCUUUGCGUUGUACUGCAGGGUGUACUGGAGUGCUCAGAACUCUGUAGUGCCACAGGUGACACAAACUGAAGCACAGCAGAAUUUUCAGUGCUAGGGCAUGCCACUGUUUUGGUGUUUAAUACAAGAAAUGGUAAGACAGGCCCUUCGUGCAGGUUUAAUCCUACAAGUUAUAGGGUGGAAUUUUGGGUAUUUUCCUGAAGUGUUAACUGUUUUUUAAAAAAUCUGUCUUGCAAAAUGGGUGCCCUUUACCAAACCUCCA